AUUUGCAAGUGUUUUUCUUAAUUUAAUCAAUUAAACCAUCGUUUUAAUUUACCUGUUGCUGUUGUUGGCAAUAGGGGGGGCGCACUCAUACCAUGAACUCAGGUAAGGUUAUGCCUUGAUCGACCGUUUCAAACUCCGUAUUUAAAUUCAUUUUUUAAAAAUAAAUACUAUUUAUUUUGAUGGGUCCAAUCACCGUUCAAUGUUCGAUGACCAAGUGCAGUGAUUGUGAUAAAAGUUUUCUUUGACCUGUACAUGGUAAUUAAUAAUUACCGAGAAAACUGAUGUUAUCGCAGGUAGAAAGUGUUCCCUCCAAAAAUCUAUGUCUCAAUUCCGAUCCCAUCCCCUUCCCCUUCCAUUCCUUAUUCCAUUAUCCGGUCGGUACCCAAAAUACGUGAGACAAGAAUAAAAGAUAAUGCCACUACCCUCAUAUUUUCCUCGAAAAAUUUUCCGAAGCGUCCGUUUAUUUUAAAAACCACCACAUCAACCAUUUUAAGGAAAACCUGUUUUUCUCAUUUUCAUUCCGUCCAUUUAAAAUUUUUUACUUACACAUUUUUCAUAUGCUUUUUGUUUAUAAGUUUUAAUUAUUUUUAAAUUUUAUUGUUGUGUUUAAAAAGUGGAUUAUUUAUUUUGGGUUUUAUUUAAAAAAUUUUUAAGGUUAUUUGUGAUUAUUGUGCUUAAAAUUAAUUGUGUUAAAUAAUUUGCAAUAUUAAUAUUAAUAAUAAAUUUAAAUAAAUUUUAAGUGAUAAAUUGUGAUAACGUUCAUAUUUUUAAUACAUUUUUUUUUUGUAAAAUUUAAAAAUAUAUUUUUUACUACAUAGUGACAACAAAAAAAAUGCUGGUUAAAUUUUUCAAUUAAAUUUUACAUAAUAAUUUAUUACGGCUGCUUCUAAUGAAUCCAUUUGACAAUUCCUGGUGGAACAGUAAACGUGUGAAACUGGAUGAUGGGUGCAACAACAAUUUGAACAGUACACUGAAUAGCGAGUCAAAAAAUGGAAGAAGAUGGUCCUAUCGCGGCGACACGAGUCUCGUGGAACCAGAAGUCCUGGUUGAUCUGGGAGUUAGUAUGCUGGACGACGAUGCCAGUUCCGAGAGUUUAAAAAAGUCAAGCUCUCAGGACGGAGUAAUAUCACUGAGCGAAAGUAGUUCUGAGUGCAGUCGUCAACCCACGGAAAACGGUAGCACUGCGCUAGAUGAUAAGGACAAAAUAUAUGGCUCCAGUUUUGAAAAAAUAGGCUUAGAAAGGUUGGAUCAAGAUCCCUAUCACACCGAGGAUCCGGCGGUCUACAGUUCCACGGGUAACGAGUCUGGGUAUUCGUCGCGCAUCGACAAUGAAGUCUUUGCAGACAAACAAAAUUACAGCAAAAAUGAUUCGAGUAAUUUUUCAUUGAAUACAAGUGAUGCAGAUCACUAUUAUCUGUAUAGGCGAAAAAAAAAAGCUUCUAUUGUAGGUGAAGAUGAGUUUAAUAAAUUAUCUGAUGAAAUGGUACUGAUGAUACUAAAAUGGCUACCAAAGAAAUGUCUGGUACGUUCAAUGUUGGUCUGCAAAAGAUGGUGUCAGAUAGCACGCGACGAGGCUCUGUGGACGCGGUUGGAUUUGGGCAGUAAAGUCCUUGCUGGUGGUACUCUGGGACACAUUUUACCACGUGGUGUACAAAUACUCCGGCUUGCUCAAGCUGAACUGCAUAAUCCGUUAUUUAAUCCAGGUUCAUUGGUACUCUGUGACGACUACUUCACUAAAUUACAGUACUUGGAUCUAUCGAUGGCUGUUAUCACUGCUGAUAGUCUUACGGAGCUUUUAAAUAAAUGUAGAUUAUUGAAAAAAUUAUCGCUAGAAAGAUGUGAGUUGAAUGAACCGAGCUGUCAAGCUAUUAGCAAAAAUACUGAAAUCACUACGCUUAAUUUAACUAUGUGUGAAGGAAUUGAUCUUGAAGCUGUUAAACAUUUGAUGAAAUUAAAAAAUUUAAAUGCGUUAAAUAUAUCCUGGUGCUCACUAACUUCUGAAUCAGUGUCUUCACUUUGCAAACUGUUACCUCCUUCUGUUACCAGACUGAAUCUUGCCGGCUGUAGAAAAACAAUAACUGAUGAUGAUGUUAAAAUACUAACAGACUCGUGUCCCGAUUUAGUAGAGCUCGAUUUAAGCGACUGCACAUUACUCACAAUAAUAUCCGUCCAAAGUAUUUUGAACCUUACGCAGCUCGAACACUUAUCAUUGAGCCGCUGCUACAGUAUUUCGCCUUCCUCAUAUUUAAGACUAGCAUUUAUGCCUUCGCUCAGUUUUCUCGAUGUAUUUGGCUUAAUGUCAGAGCCGAUGUUCAAAAAUUUACAAAACAAUGGCUCGGGUACUGAAAUAAACAAAUUUUUGUACAGCUCAAUAGCGAGACCUACCGUGGGUGUGCGCAGAACCAGCAUAUGGGGUCUCCGUGUCAGAGAUUAAACUAAAUAUUUUUAUAGAAAUAAUUUUAUUAUAUAUUAUACUUAAAGGGGCGUCGAUUGUAUACCAACAGCACGGAUUUCAGUUAAGUCGGCUGUGCUCCGAUAUCGUCGAGACUGAAAUUUUUUUGUAAAAAAUAGGCUGAUAAUUUUUAUGUCUUUUUUUUUAAUUUAGCAGAUCGAUAUAAAUUUUUUUUCUCACCAGGUAUUUGAUUAUUUAAGUAACCGCGUCAGCAAAUACCAAUUAUGUGUUCAGUUUUGAUAAACAAUAUAUCAAUAUACUGAUAACUUAAUAUUUUUCAUAUCAACAUAAAUACUUUUUAAAUAAUUAAAAGCUAAUUAUGGGCUGUGUGACAAUCAUUUUAUUUUAUUUUCUUAUUGAAAUCAAUUUUCAUUUUAUCAUAAUUCAUAAAUAUCAAUUGUAUAUCGAGUUAAUUAAUUAGACUCCAUAUAUUUAUUUAAAACAUUUACCUCAUUAAUUAUUACAUAAAAAGAAAAACAUCACUCAGACUUAUUUAAUAAUUAUAAUUAUUUUUUCUAGUAAUUUAUAUAUUUCAACUUCGAUGAAUGUAAAAAAAAAUAUUUUUUGCUACCAUUUAUUAAUUAUUAUUAUAAUUAUUAAAAUUUAUUGAGAUAAUGAAUUGAAAUUUAAAUUUAAAUGUUAACAAUUUAAAUAGUAUUUCUGAUGUUGAUUGUUGAAGAGCCGAAAGUGUCUUUUGCGAUAUUUAAAAAAAUAAUAAUUAAGAAAGUGUGAUUAAUUAAAGUAACUUACCGCAUAAUUAACAAAUUAAUAUUUAAAAUUGAUAUAUAUUUUUUUUAACAUGUACAUUACGCCAAUUAAAAAAUUUUUUUAACUAAAAUACAGAAGUUUAAAAUAUAUUUCAUUUAAACCAAACUUUUUUUUGUUUUUUAUUAACUGUACUCUGGUCUACAUUAAAAAAAUGAUAACAAAACAAUUAAACUUAGUUAUUAUUAGUUACCAUAUAUACAAUGCUAGUUGCAACUACACAGGAUACUGAUUAAUUAUAAUUUUCAAGUCUAAUAAACAAAUUUU